AUGUCGACGGCGGUAGGGAACCUAUUCCCAGCCAUAUCGACGGUGGUAGGGAAUAUCGACAGGGAUCGCAACCCUCGUCGACCCAGUCCGCGUACGAGCUCGUGGCACAUGCCGCGAGGUGGUCAUGCCACUCGUCCGUGGGCGGAUACGAGUGGCGAGGCAAUGUGCCCGGGCCAAAAUCGUGCCAAGCCCGCCUCGCGAGUGCGGGAAGCUCCCAUCCCAUCGUCGUCCGUCACGGCCAAGGAGAACGCGGCGUUCUCGGCACGCAUGGCCGGAGACGGCCUCGUUGCGCCUUGCCCCCCGCCGGCGCCGUCGAGCUCUGCAGGCGCACCCAGCUAUCGCCGGUGUGCCGUCGUGCUCGCCUCGGACAAGGUCGGCGUGGCAAUGAUUCGACAGGAUGCCAAGCUCCCGGCUCCAACCGGAUCGACGCUCAUCAGCCAUCCACGGCAUCAUCUCGGUUGCUGCACCGCCGGCACGCAGGUGCCUGCUGGGCGUACACGUACAUGCUACGGAAGGUCGGCUUGGCAAUGA